GUAUGUUCAGCUCACAAACCAUCUUCACUUUGUUUUCCCAAAACCCUUAUUCUUCAGACCAAUCCGAAGGCCCUAUUCUCCCUCUUCAGACACGACUCCAGAGCUCUCUUCAGAGACGACUCCGAAGCUCCUCUUCGCCUUCUUCAGACACGACUCCGGAGCUUUCUUCAGACACGACUUCGAAGCUCUUCUUCUCUUGAUGAUAACUUAUUAUGAAGUGUUUUGGCACAAUCUGCCAUCACUUUCUGCCGAUCCUUGGUUCGCCGAGAGGGCAGCGAAGUUUUCCUGCUUCGGAAGUCGGAGUUUCAAUGGAAGAACAAGCCAAUUGGGUUUGAACAAUGGUGAAUUGCCAUAUAGAUUGAGUCCAUUGAUGGCAAGUGUGAAGUUGCCGAGAGUUUCGAGAAGUCCUUCUAUCAAGGCAGCUGUAUCUCCCGUGGGUGCUCAAGAAAACACGAAUUCAACACAAACCCAAAUGGAAAUGAGGUCGUCAAUUGGCUCAGACACAAAAUUCAGGAAAGUUUUGGAGUCUGCUACCUCGGAUCGAACUGAAUUUGCAAGUACUAAUGAGGGUUCCUUUGUUUCUGAGAAAAUCCCAAAUGGCGAAGCGGUGUUGAAAAAUCCAAUUGCUUCUAAUUCCGGGAAAAGAAAAGAAGGUUUGAGGGGAAAAUCCAAUUCUGUCAAUGCCACAAUGGCAGCAGAGGCAGAGGAUGACCCGAACACGAAGCGAUUCAAACCCAAUGAAGGCAGUGGGAGCGACAAUGAUAGUGUUAAAACAGGGGAUGAGGAUGAGAAACAAACAAAGGCUAACCAAAAGUCUCCCGAGCCCCCAAAGGACUACAUUCAUGUAAGAGCAAGAAGGGGUCAAGCUACUGAUAGCCAUAGCCUUGGAGUUCAAAGGGAGAAGAUCAGUGAAAGAAUGAAGCUUCUCCAAGACCUCGUGCCAGGUUGCAAUAAGAUGUGUGUGAAUGGAAAAGCACUUAUACUUGAUGAAAUUGUAAACUAUGCGCAGCCACUGCAACGACAAGUCGAGUUUCUGUCAAUGAAGUUACCUUCUGUGAAUCCAAGGUUGGAAUUUAACAUGGAUAGUCUCUUGUCAAAAGAUGUAUUUCAGCCUAAUGGCUCUUUUCCUCAUCAAACAUACCCAUUAGAUUCCUCUGCUUCUACUUUCUUUGGACAACAGACCCAGGAAUUUUCACCAGUAUAUACUAAUCUUUCCAAUGGGGGCCAUACAAGCACCACAUUAUGCCAAAACAACGGCAUGCAAUUACCUCCGGUCGAUGAAUUCGGCCAAGGUUCUUGCAAAUAGAUCUGAUAUUAUUAGAGAAGAUUAUAUGAAUGAACUUUGUAUUCUUCAAGAUGAUGUUCCUCCUUUUCCCAAUCAGGUUGCCUUCAACAUUAUAGAAGAGGAACUGGGUCAACCCCUUGAAGCUGUUUUCAGCAAAAUUUCCGCAGAAACUAUAGCAGCUGCCAGUCUGGGUCAAGUUUACCGAGCUACUCUACGUGCCUCAGGGGAGGACGUUGCUAUUAAGGUUGUAAUAAGUUCAUCUGGUAAAGUUCUUGUCAUGUUAUCAUAUUAUAUUGUCAUUUAUCACUUCUUAACCAUUUGAAACUUGUUCAAUCUGGUGGUUGUUCGUCAUUGCUGGAAUGACUAUAUUGGUUAAUCUCCUUCAAGGCAUUUUAGAAUAGAUUUUGGAAAUGGCAUAAAGAAAGGAGAAUGACUGCAAACAUGUUUGGUAUAGCGGAUUGAGAAACUUUCAUAAAUAUUUCUUACGAUGGACACUUUUUAGGAAGCUCCUAAAAGCUGUCUUGUGUGUUUUUAAGGACCUAAUGCACAAGAAAAAUGACA